AUGGCUACAGCUGAAGGGCCCGCGAGGGCGCACGAUCGCAACGGUCGCCGCCGUCCAUUCUCGAGCUGGAUGAAGCGCCUCGCCAGCUUGAAGAGCUCCUCCGAACCCGGGUCCAAUCGCUGGUCAAACAGGCGCGGUUCCACCAAGGGCAAAAAGGGCGUACAAGGCAACAACAACCCCUAUCCACUGUCUGGGACAAUCAGCAGACCCUCGAACCCGAGCGAAUCAUACGCAGAGAGCGAACGAAUUGGCGAAGAGACCCAGUCGCGGAGCGAUCCCUCUUUAGUAUACUCAGCUUAUGAGAAUCACACCCCUGCGACCGGCGCGAAAUCCAAUGCUCCUACCAUCUCCACCAAUGGCGACACCGCGAUUUCCGACGCAGCGUACUCCAAGGCAGGCACCAUGGCAACAGCAGGUGGAAGGUUGAGCUCGCACGGAGGAGGAGAAGGGAGCACCUUUUCUUCACCAGCCCCUUCUGUGCGGUCGUUGACCACGACUCUGACGACCGUGCAAUCUGCCGCCCCUUCCACGCAGCUAUAUCCCAACCCAAACAGCCAAACCACACCAGCUCACGGUGGUUCGACACAAAGCUCUGGGAACCAGCAGCAGGUUCAGUUCACACACCAGUUCCCCACCUCGUCCUCCCCCGCGACGGCCGUGCCUCCCCACCUCAUACCCCACAGCCACUCCGUCACCUAUAGUACGGCCACGGCAAACAACGUCUUGACUGACAAUGCCUCGGUCCUUACACUUGCAAGCUCCUCCAAGCGACGCAGACGGAAUUCGUUGGAUACGAAUGCUUCUAUUCGUGGCCUGGCACCAUCUUCGGUCUUUGGGGGCAGUCGGGAGAGUUUGCCCCUCAGUGUCCUGAGUGGUAACGUGGCCGACAGUGCACAGGGAGCACUCAAUCGACCAAGCGUGGGUCUUGCUAGUGCCGAGCGUAUCAGUGUUUAUUCGGCUUCGGGGGUGAUCCCAGUGACCAACAACGCCGGCGAGCGGGGCAGUUUCUACACCAAACAGAGCCAAGCCGCGGGCGAUGGGGCUAGUAUACGUAGCGGCGCACCCUCGCAUGGGCGGAAUGACAGCACGGCAGCAAGUAUUACUGGAAUUAGCAGUCCACUAGCCAUGGCAUCAGGCCGCAUCAGCCGCCGAAGCUCUGGAUGGGGUGAAAUAACUGGCGAUGAAGACGAGGAGAACAAGGCUACGGAAAUGGCCGACGACAAACCGAACAAGGCCGAGGCCAGCCACGAAGAAAUCAAGACCGAUUGA